AUGUUACGCUGCAUUUUCUCCACAGUCGACCUGGAGCAUAUGAGGACAGUGAAGGCUGACAAACACCAGCGCUUCUGCCAAGAGAACAGCCUCAUCAGUCAGUUCGUAUCAGCCAAGUCUGGAGACUCAGUGAGUCAGUUUACCCAAUAAAUCACAUCAAAAGUGACGCACAUGCACCAAGAAAAUGACAUGUAAAACCUACCACUGAAAUACUCUUGUUUGCUGUGAAGAAGAUGAGACUAAACAAAAUUGAUGCGGUGCAAUAUUUGUUUAUUUGUGCACAUUGAAAGCAUAUUCUAUAUUCCUGCUCAUGUCUCCUCUCUUUCCCUUUCCCGCCCUGCCUUCCCUUCAGGUGUUCCUGGCAUUCCAGAGAGUGGCUGCAGAGAUUCUGGGGGUGAAGCUCAACAAAGCAGAGAUGGAGCAGUCCCAGGUGAGCCUUCAUUAGGCCUUUUCUCUCACGUUUCCCAUAGAGAAUUAUGUAGCAGCCCCUGGAGUCAUGUUGCCAUUUUUUAGACGGUUUCUUAUAACCACACGCAUGUACACGAGGUCAAACAAAGUGUGUCAGGGCACGAGUUCACCGCACACUGUAGAGGAUGCUUGUUACUCCUGUGACGCUGUACCUGUGACUGACACUGUCCAUCUGUAAAUUCAGCCACGUUGAUGACGCUAGAGCCCAAUGGUGCGUGAAACGAGAGGUCAAGAGGUUGGCGGUGUAGGGUAGGAAGGUUUGGCUGCAUCUUCGGAUUUAUUGCGUUUAUCUCCCCCUGAUGUGGGCUGAACAGGUCCUCCGAGCUCGGCCUCUUCGAACCAGCCAGACAAGGUGGCCCCGUCACUGGUGGCAGCAGUGGGAUUACGCAGGGCAUCUCCCCAAGAGGCAUUAAUCCUGGCUGUGAUAUGACUGGCUGGUGCCGCGCUGGCUAGAGAGCGGCUGAUAAGUCUGGGGCUAUGGGGAGGUCAGGACCCCCAGAGAAAUGAGAGGACCAAGGGAGCGAAGGCUAGGAGAUGACUCUCAAAAACACUUCCACCCCUACCCUGCCCCUUCUGCUGUCAACAGACAGAGGCUAAUGAAGGUGUUCAUCUCCGCUCCCCUCCGUCACAUCCCAUGAUAGCUUCCUCAAUAAACCCAAGUGCUUUAAUCCAAGCUAAACAAGCCGGAUGAGUGGUCUGAUCUGUCAGUCAAGAUGCCUGUCACAGAAACGUAAUCUAUGAUGUCCAUGUGUCACUCCAGGGAUGCAAGUUCUCUGAAGAUAUCUUUCUAAAUAAAAUAAGUAGAGUAAAGACUAUCCCACUUCAAUGGUGUAUCUUCAUCUUGGAUAGAGAAUGGGUUAGGUUUGGGGAUAAGACUUUGUGGUUACAGUAGUUGAAGGCCUCAACAUUCACUGGAGAAAGAAAAAAUAAGUAGAAAGAAAUUGAGGAAAAUAGAAAUGUUUUUGAAUUGUCUGUUUUUCUACCUUGUGCAGUGCUAACAAUGGUUGGAAUUAUGUUCUGAGUUGUAGGCAUUUGGGGAUGGAGGUCAGGGGGCAGCUCUAGGGUCUCGUUGGGGGGCCAGAAAAGCCUCAUUAUCAGCUGUCGGGUUUAGAGAGCUGUGCAUGGGGGUCAGAGCCCCUGGCAAGAUCUUAUUGGCUUGGGAGCCCACUCCAUCAUUGUCCCUUGUCUGGAAGAACAGAUACUGGGGCCGCUGAUCACUCAUGGGGUCUGACAAAAGGCAUCGGCAGCUCAUUAAUCAACCAACCAGGGCCUGGGUUCAACCACGAUGUCUGGUCUUUGCUGGCUCCCCAAUCCAGGUCUGAGGUCUAAUUGUAAGUUCAGAACCUGUCCUGUUACUGGUACUCAAUAUCCAGGGCCCGUAUUCAUAAAGUGUCUCAGGAGUGCUGAUCUAGAAUCGGUUUUGCCUUUUAGAUCAUAAUGAAUUAGAUUACAUGGACAGAGAGGGGAACUGAUUCUAGAUCAGCACUCCUAUUCUGAGAUGUUUUAUGAAUAUUAGCCCAGAUGAGCUCAGUUGGAUUUCUGACAGGGUUGGCUGUAAGAUCACUUUCACUCAGAGCUACAUCACCAAGUCAAGAAUAGGUAAAGGUGAUAGCUAUACCUUUCCUCAUUGAAGAUGUAACGAUUGAUUUAAAACUUGGCAUGGUAAAAUGUUAGUAGAAGAGGAGCCGAGGAUGCACACCCAAAUAAAAGUGCAGACUAACGGCUUAAACUUUAAGAAAAUAAAAAAAGUCUCACUCGCUACAAUACUCCCAGAUCUUUAUUGAAUGGAUAAACCAAUAUUUGGCACACACAAUUCAUAUCUGUCUGGGAGUAUUAUAAUAUCUGAGUGUUCUUCAUUUUGUACAUGACGAAAUGUUUCACAAAUGUAUUUUGGUCAUGGACAUUUUCCUACGUAAACCCCGGAGCUUCUCAUUUGUUUAUUCUCCUGUUCAAAUCCAUUUCUCACGUUUCUUUCUCAUUUUUCUCACUGUCACCUCCACGACCCUGUCUUCACCUCUCCCCAUCCUCCAUUCCAACCAACUGUACCUCCCGUCUGCAUCUUUGUUUUCUUUCCUGUCCUCUCUCUCCUUUCCAUCCUCACCUCCUCUACCCACGCGUCUUCCUUUUUAUCCAUUUACCCUGAUUUCCCUCUCCAUGUCUCUCUCUCCUGCCUGGUUUUGUCUCCUUCCAUCUCUCCAUUGGUGUGUGCUGCUCAGAGGAUCGUGAAAGCUGAGCUGGUGGACUACCCUCAGGACGAAGUCCCCAUUAGACAAGAGACCAAUCAGAGCAAAAUCUGUUCGGUUCAGUAG